CUCCUCCUCCCUUCCCUGAACACGGCUCUGAUUUUCUGAAGUUGCCUCAUUUCCCGGUAGGGGACCGGGCACGGUGAGCCCGGGCUGCUCUUCCCGCUCCAACCGAGAACUGCCCGUUAUGGCGGAGGUGCUGAGCCUGCAGCUGCUGACUCUCUGGCUGGUGUGUCACGCAGACAGCACUCCAGCUGCUACCCGCUCAUCUCCGUGGGCUCCCAAGAAGUCCGAGGACCCAGGCAGCCACGCUUACUCAGUCUCCCCAGCCUCCAACCCCAGGCCCUGGCUGAGCGCUCAGCCCGCUGCAGUUGUGACCCCCGGGGUCAAUGUCACCCUGAGGUGCCAGGCACCCCAGCCCGCCUGGAGGUUUGCAGUCUUCAGGUCUGCAGAGCUCACUACUAUGAUUCACCGGGAUGUAUCUGCGGAACUGGCGGAGUUCUUCCUGGAGGAGGUGACCCCAGCCCAGGGGGGCAGUUACCACUGCUGCUACUGGAGGCGAGGCUGGGACCCAGAUGUCUGGUCCCACCCCAGUGAUGCCCUGGAACUGCUGGUGACAGACGAGCUGCCGCGCCCUUCGCUGGUGGCGCUGCCCGCGCCGGUGGUAGUGCCCGGGGCCAACGUAAGUCUGCGCUGCGCCGGCCGCCUGCGGGGCAUGAGCUUCGCGCUGUACCGCGAGGGCGAGGCGGCCCCGCUGCAGUACCAGGAUUCGGAGCAGCCCUGGGCCGACUUCCCGCUGCUCGGCGCGCGCGCGCCCGGCACCUACACCUGCUACUACCACACGCCCUCCGCCCCAUACGUGCUGUCGGCGCGCAGCGAGCCGCUGAUGGUCCGCGCGGACGGUGAGCGGCCGGCCCCCCGCCCCCAGACCCGAGAGUCCCGACCGCACACCUGCUCCCCCAGACCCGGGAGUGCAGGCCCCCGCCCCUCACCCCUCAGACCUGGGGGUCCAGGCCCCCGCCCUCCCCUCUCAGACCCGGGGGUCCAGGCCCCCGCCCUCCCCUCUCAGACCCGGGGGUCCAGGCCCCCGGCCCCUCCCCUCUCAGACCCGGGGGUCGAAGCCCUGCCGCCAUGCAGCCCGUGCAAUGUUGAGACUGGAAGUUGCGUUCUCAGCUCCGCUCUGGAACUUAAACACCCAGAGGACGGGCGGAGAUGCAGGUCUGACGGGGACGCUGACCGCCUCUCUCCCUUGCUGGCCCCGCAGGCUCGGGCGCCUCGGACUACACCCAGGGCAACGUCCUCCGCCUGGGGCUGGCCGGCCUGGUUCUCAUCUCGCUGGGCGCACUGGUCGUUUUCGACUGGCACAGCCAGAAUCGCCCCUCUGGCAACGUCUGGGCCUGAGCCCGGGAGGGCAGAGAGGAAGGAGAAGACGCUGGGGUCCCAUGGUUGGACCGGCCCUGCCGGCAGCCCCGCAGCCCAGCUUCCCUAGUAAUAAUGCCCUUGCACCGCGCCCGGGAUCUUCCUUCUGGGUCAUCUCUCCAGGACCUCCCAGAUCAGUAGAAAGCACUAUCGGUGGUUAAGCCUUCCUAACCAGUAAGACCUGAGAUCGAAUCCCAGUGCCGCUAUUCACUCCUUGUGGGAUGUUAGGAAAGUUUUACCGCUGCCCUGGCGGUAAAACGGAAGCAUUGGAAAUACUUCAUUAGGAUUACUUUGGACAAUGCUCAAUAAAUGUCAGCUCCUGUAUAAGAGCUGCUUCUCUCAAACUCA